AAGUUGCAGGAAGACCUAGCGAGUCUUUCUUCCGUCCACACGAGCCUUUAUUCCCUUUCUUGCUUUUCUCACCCGCGUUCCACUGAAGCACCGGCGGAAAUUCCCCCCUCGUCGCCUUCGCCUUCGCCGUCGUCGUCUCUCUUCCGCUCUACUUGCCCCGGCUGUUCUCACAGUCUACUUCAGGCCCUUCUUGCUGCCGGAGAAAAAGUUGAGGAUCUGCGAGAUGGGUCCUGCUCUCCCCGGAAUUCUCGGACGCAUCGUAGAACCCGCGGGCGUUCUUGGGCCGCCACCGGUCCUGAAAUGGAGGAAGAGGGCGCCCCGGCGCUGCGCGUGAUCCGGAGCUCCAUCGACGCGCUGGGGCGAGGGUUCGAUGCCACCCACGACACCAGGCUGCUCUACUGCAAGGGGUCUCGCCUCGUCGGCGUCGACGACGGCGAGCUGAGCUCCAGGGAUCUGGUCAUGCCUGACGGGCUGACUGUCCCCGGUGUGCCCAAGGAUGUUGACUGCUCCGGUGAGAGUGGGGUUGGUGUACCGGAGACCGCUGGCCCGUGCGCCUUCCACGAGAUGGCUGGGUAUUUCAAUAAAAAAGCCCAGCUUGCAGGAGAUAUACCUCUUGGAAGCUUUAAUUCAGCAUAUAGCUUUACUGGAUCCAAGAGAUUUGAUGCCAUGGCUACCAAAAGUCUUGGGAUGGAGGGCAAGACCAUUCCUUUAUAUAAGGUCCAACUUGUGCGACAGCCUUUGUCAGUGGUAGAGGAAGUUAAGCAUGCAGUGCCUCACUCAUGGGAACCAUCAUCUCUCGCAAGGUUCAUUCAGAAUUAUGGAACGCAUGUCAUAACAUCCAUUACCAUUGGCGGGAAGGAUUUGAUUUACAUCAAGCAGCAUCCGUCAUCAUCACUUUCCGUGGUGGAAAUUAAAAAUUAUAUACACGAUCUUGGACAUCAGAGGUUUACUGAAAAUGAAAUCCAUACAGGCUCAGGCCCUAUAAGAUCAAUGAAUAAGGAAAGAGAAAAUCUUGGGUUCAACAGCCAAGGAGUAUAUCCACAACCUCCAAGCACACCAUAUAUUGCAGCAAAAGAGGAUGUCACUGUGAUUUUCAGAAGGAGAGGAGGAGAUGAUUUAGUUCAAAGUCAUUCUGAGUGGGCAAGAACUGUUAACUCAGCGCCUGAUGUUAUACAUAUGACCCUUUUCCCUAUAACGACUCUGUUGGAAGCAGCCAUCCCUGGAAAAGACCAUCUCAUCCGGGCGAUCAACCUUUAUCUAGAAUAUAAACCUCCAAUUGAGGAGCUGCGUUACUUCCUAGAGUUCCAGCUUCCCAGAGUUUGGGCACCAAUUCGUGAUGAGCACCCUCUCCAUCAAAGGAAAGAGCCUGUGUGCCCAUCCUUGCAGUUCAGCUUGAUGGGGAAAAAGCUGUACAUCAGCCAAGAACAGGUGUCAGUGGGUCGCAAGCCAAUAACUGGCCUAAGGUUAUGCUUGGAAGGUGCUAAGCAGGACAGGCUAUACAUCCAACUGCAGCAUCUAGCAUCUCUUCCAAAGAUCCUCAAGCCUUACUGGGAUGCACACAUCACGAUUGGUGCAGCGAAAUGGCAGGGGCCGGAGGAGCAGGACAGCCGCUGGUUCGAGCCUGUGAAGUGGAAUAGCUUCUCCCACGUCAGCACAGCUCCAGUUGAGCACCACGAGGUGCUCAUCGGGGAUGCCUCCGGCGUGUACAUUGUCACUGGGGCACAGCUCGGGGUGUGGGACUUUGGUUUGAAGAACGUCCUGUACAUGAAGCUUCUCUACUCGAGGGUCCCCGGUUGCACCACCCGGAGAUCGCUGUGGGAUCACAGCCCUGCCGCCGCCAGCAGCCAUCCAACAGUUGGUCCUUCUAACAUCAUGUAUCUGGACCCGGGGGGUUCUGGCGUAGGCUCGAGCGAUGCAGGGAAGUUUGUGAAGAUCGUGGACAGGUCGGAGCUGUGCAAAGGCCCCGACGACAUGCCGGGGCACUGGCUGGUGACGGGCGGGAAGCUUGGUGUUGAAAAGGGGAGGAUUGUUCUGAGAGUGAAGUAUUCCUUGUUGAAUUACUGACAGCGUUAUCUGUGUUGUUGAAAACUUCGGAGUGCAGCAUAUGGUGUUUUAAGUGCAGUUGCAGUUGUGAUUUCCUUUUCUUGUUUUGGUAGUCAAGUGAUAGAUUAAUCUGGUGCGUAGCUGUUUGCAGCCGAUCGCUGUUCCUAUGGUUUUUACAAGAGAUUUUUCUCCAUGCAACGGAACAAUUUUGGUGGAGUUCUUCCCGGUGUUUGUACAGGGCUUCAGUCUUGUAAAAUGCAUAUUUGUCAUUCAAGAUCGACACUCUUUCUCUUUC